CUGCUGCUGACGCCCGCAGCAAAACUAAGCAGCAGCCACGCUGCUGAUCACCAGCCACAACUGGCCUCAGAGAUCCCCACACUGACUCUGUUAGGUCUCUACUCACUGGUCUUGUUGCCCCACCCACUUUUUUUCCCCGGAUUCCAGGCAAUGUUGCCUCAAAACAAGGACCACCAGGUGCCGUUACAGAACGCAGUGCCCCCAGGGUGUUCCCCUCAGGUCCUCUCACAAUUUGUGGACUCCAGUCCAUUCAACUUAGCGUCUCUCUCUCCCCAUCUGACCCUCCCUCCUUCCCACCUACCUUUGCCCUCUCCCUCACAGGCCUAUUCCUCAGUCUCCUGGUCGCCCCAGUCCCGCUCUCCUGGGCCUCACUUAUACUCUUCGGACUCCAAAUCUGACUUUGUCCCUCUUCCCUCCUCUUCCUCUCUCCCAAGUCCCCCCACUUUCUUUGGCCAAAACUGCUCUCGUCUCCCCUCUCCACACACAUCCUCUUCCCGCAACUUCGGGCUGUGCCUCUCUCCUCCCCUUAGCAGCUCCUCUUCUCUUUCCCAGCUGCAGAAUUCCUCUCCUGGCUCUUGCCAGUCUCCUUCCCACCUCCAGGACCUUCCCAAUUCCACCAGGGUCACUUCCCCCAGCCCCAGCGUACCUUCUCCAGGGAUUCCCAGUAACAAACAAACAUGGCAGGGGCCUCCAUCCGGAAACACCAGGUCCCCUGGGGCGGCAGAGGGAUGCAUGGCAAGCAAGUUGGACCCUGCAGAAUUCCAGGACCCAGAGGCCCUCGCCCAAGCGCUAGCGCUCCUUGUGGGGCGCCGCAGAAUUGCCCGAGACCUGAAGAUACUGUUUCUGCAGCACCUCUGGCUAGGCACAACCGGCCAGCCUCCAGUCCUGGAGUACCCCAUUUGUCUAGCGUGCCUCCAGCCCCGCACCCCGUCUUGCCCCACCCUCAAGCACAAGACUGGGCCGAGGCUGCUUGCCUUCCCUCAACUACUGCCCCCUGCAGAGGGCCAGGAAUCUGGGCCUCUCCGUUUAGGCAUUGGCUUCAGCCUCCGCUUGCCUCCUGGCCAGGCCAAAGCCUUGCAUCUGCUCCCAGAAAAAAAGCAGCAGGAAGCAAGGCGUCCCAGAGAGGUCCUCCGGAGCCAAAGGCCUGCACCCCAGGUACCAGCAGCUCAAGUCACAGGCACACUCUCCCGGGAGGAGAGCCUCAGGUCUGCAGGCCUCCAAUCAACAAAAUCCAACCAGUGUUUCAGGUCUUCACCUCAGGCACCAAGACGGGUCACUGUCUCCCCAAAGCCCUGGUCGUGUCCUGUCCCAAGGAGGUCUGUGUCUCCAGAAUCUAUUCCCCAAAAGUUGCCAUUUUAAUUCCAGAGCAACGGAGACCCUCUGGAACACCCCCUUCAAACCCCACCCUCUCUACCAGGACUUCUCAGACCUUGGGAAGUCACAGAAACACCUUGAAGGGCUGGCUGGCCGGAGGCCAGGUGUGUUCUCCUGCCUUGAACCCUGGGA